CGAGCAUCCCCGCCCCCUGGUCUGCACACGGCUCUUAACUCUGGCACAUUUACUCACGAAAAUAACUCCACCACUUGUUUGGGGCGAGCAGAAGCGCCGAGCAACAGAAUGGGGUCCGUUACAUUCCAGCUAGCAGUGUUGUGCAUCAUCACGCUCUACUCCCGAGUGGAGAGUGAAUCAGCGGAGUUGUUCGCACUGGGUAACAAGUUCUUCGACUGGCGCAUGCGUGAACGACCUCUGCAGGCCACCAAAAAGAACAUCUACAACUACAACGACGACCUCGAGGUCCUCACUCUCGACAAACUAAAGGAAAAUAAGUGGGUAGCUGAAGAAAUGAUGACGGAACUACGAAACAUUUCUGUAGAGGACUUGGAGGGAGCGGAUAUGACUUCAUACAGCAUCCUGUACGACUCGCUCAGCACCUUCAUCGAGGGAUACUCCUUCAUGAAUUACACUCUGAACCCGAUAAACUUUAUGGAGGGGAUCCCAAGAAACCCCCUCGCGUUCGUCAACAUGAUGCCGCUCUACACUGUCGGGGACUUCGAAAACUACAUCGCUCGACUGCGACUUCUUCCCCGACAGUUGACGCAGAUGAAGUCGCUGAUGCUGGAGGCUAUCAGAAGGAACGCAACGCUACACAAAGUCUCUGUGAGUCGGUUGGAGACGCAGAUCGAGCUGAUGUCUGUCGGAGACAUCACCAAGUCCGUCUUCUUCAUCCCCUUCAUCAUGCUGAAGGACUCCAGCAUCCCUGAGGACCAGUGGAGCGACAUCCGUCGUAAUGGCUACGAGAUGGUCCGGAAGGUGCUUCAGGCCUACCGGGUGUUUCUCAACUGGCUCCGAGCGACGUACAUCCCACGCACCAGGCGCAGCUACGGUGUCAACAAGGACUACUACGAGGCGUGUCUGAGGUGGCACACGUCCGUCAAUCUCACCGCCGAGGAAGUGCAUGAACUGGGAUUGAGGGAGGUCGAGCGGAUCAAGGGGAAUAUGAAUGAGAUUAUCGAAAGCCAGAAUUUCACGGGGACAAUCGCGGAAUACUUCCAGUCACUGAGCGAGGACCCGCGCUUCUUCAAAAAUGAUCCGGCGGACAUUUUGGAGGAGUUCCGGUCUAUGAUCACGGACCGAAUCAAUCCUUACCUUCCGGAGAUGUUCAACGAAAUGCCGAAGUAUGAUAUCCAAGUGGUGUCGAUGAUGUCUGACGGCCCGGCAGGGCGCUACUCACUCCCCACCCCAGACGGAACAGUCCCCGGCAUUUUCUACGCCAAUGUGAUGCACCCCCGGAGCAUGCCCGUGUACACGUUCAUGUCCCUGGUGAUGCACGAAGCGAACCCAGGCCACCACUUCCAGGUCAGCUCUGCCUUGGCGGCCAACACCCCGCGAUUUAUGAAGUACAUGGAAAACCCACACACCUACCAAGUGCCGUACUCCUUCCCCGCAUACACGGCAUUCGUCGAGGGCUGGGCACUGUAUGCGGAGUCGCUUGGUGAGGAGUUCGGGCUGUACCGGGACGAGUAUGAACUGAUGGGAAGGUACAGCUCCGAGAUCUUCCGAGCAGGGCGCCUCGUUGUGGACACAGGCAUCCAUUAUUACGGCUGGGACCGCGAGCAGGCCAUUGAGUACCUGCUGAACAUCACUGCCAAGGCGAGACCAUUCGUGGAGGUGGAGGUGGACCGCUACAUAACGUGGCCUGGGCAAGCGUGUUCCUACAAGAUCGGAGAGUUGACGAUCAAGAAGCUGAGACAAAUGGCCGAGGAAAACCUGGGGGACCAGUUCGAUAUUCGAGAUUUCCACUCGGCCGUUUUGGCGAAUGGCUACAAGCCCUUGCAUGUUCUGACCCAGUCGGUGAAAGCUUGGACGGCGAGCCGCCGGGACGCACCCACAUCCACCAGCAGUCACGUGCAGCUUCCCGCCCUGACAUGUCUCAUCGUUACCAUAGCAACAUGUCUAUACACACGUCUUGUUUGAAAUGUGGGACAGGGGUUUGAUUUGGAAUGAGUUUACGAUUUAUUCAAAAUGGUUUUAUAUACACCGACAUGACAGAGACGAGAGGUCAAAUUUUGAAUCGAUGGAGAUCGGAAUGGGUUAAUAAAAUCAGUGAGACGACGCACUGUAUCUGCCGGAUUGUGACGCGUCCAAUGGAUUAGUACGAUUGCACGUGCAUUACGUGCACAUGGAAUUUGGUCUAUCGCGAAUAAUGGUCUACAUGGGGGUGGUGAAAGUUUCCUGCCAACAUCUUGAUGUUUCUGUUAACGACGAGUGUUUCCUGGUAGGAGUGUUUCCUAUUGGGAGUGUUUCCGCAUGUGAUGUUUGUGAUGAACAUGGCGGUGUAAAAUAGUUGUACAUGGGGAUAUACGGUAUCAGAUAGUUUUGAAAUGAAACAAACAAGCCAGGGUUGUUUAAAAUCCAAGAAUUAAUCCAGCAGCAAAUUAUUUCAGGAUUGUUUUGACAAGACGUCAUGUUUUCAGUUCAAAAACGCCAAUACUUCCUAUUACAAGACACCCAGUUGUGUGUCCCCCUCUACCUGGUGCCGGUGUAUCACAAGGUUAGUGACGCAGUAGUUGAUGUGGUCGGACGUGGUUGUUGACACAAUAUAAGAAAACAAAGAAUUGUAACCAUUCAUCAUUACUUGUACCUGAAGAGGCUUGCGUAAAACAACCUAAGAUUUGAUUGACCUGUUUGUUUUUCUCUGUUUGUGUGUUGUUUAGCGCCACACUCAGCAGUAUUCCAGCUAUAUGACGGCGGUCUGUUAAUAAUCGAGUCUGGACCAUACAAUCCAGUGAUUGACAUCAAGAGUAUCGAUCUACGCAACUGGGAUACGAUGACAUGUCUCAACCACGCCAACUAGCAGUCUUUUACGACAAGCAUAGUAGCCUUAUACGGCCAGCAUGUUAGACCAUUACAGUUGAAGGUUGACAAGCAUUGUGUACACUGAACUAAGACCCGCUCUUUGGGUUCCAUUAAAAUGGUAAUUGUCUAAAAGACUUGCAUCACUUCUGCUAUUCUCCCACUUUAAGCUGGCACAACCGGAUGAACUACUUCCAAAACGGCGUUAAACCUUACACACUCACUCACUCACGUCUUGAUACAAAAUGAGUAUAUUCAGUUCAUGUUGACGCUCUUGUACGGCUGCUUGUUUAGGAAAGAAAGGCGAAACUUUUCAAAUGAUUUAAACCCCAUUUCAUCACGAACAAUAAAGUUACACAAAAGAACACGUCGCCUCUAUGACAUAUAUGUAAAAUGAAACCAUAAUGAAACCCGUUUUGGACAACAUUUUUAUGAUUGGACAUUCAACUUGAAUCACAGUGUUCAUGAGAUGUAGGCGAGCCUCUUCCUGUUCCUGUUCUUUCUGUCGUUAAGGUUCACGCUGUGUGUCAAAGAGAACGAUCUAUAUAUAUUUGUUUUACAUACUAUUAUGUAUACACUUAGAGUACAUGCCCAUACAUGUACGACAUGUAUAUUGGACUAAAUUCAUGAUCUGCCUAUUUAUAGUCGUUACCCCUCCUGUUUUUGAGUACAUUGACUGUGUGUGACGUUAUAUGAUUACAUUGUUACAUAGUUUUAUUAACAGAUCCUAGAUGUGGGUUGAUAGUACUGACGCUGUAUACACUGCACGAGUGUGUCUGUAUGAUUGAUACGAAUAUUAUCCCGUGGGGCCCAGUUCAGAGUUUCGUCCCUUUGUUAUUCCAGGAUCCGGUAUGCAUUAGUAUCACAGAUCCCCCCUGGGUAUGAUCUCCAGUUCCUCCGCACCUAAUCCGUGCUGGUGGGCUUCACCAAGACGUGCCUCGUGCACCCGUGGCACCCGGAUGUAAAAACAAACUCACUCACUCACUCUAUGAUGCAUCUAUGUUUUAUAACAAUACUCCAUCACAUGAUGGAAUACGUCCAGUGAUGGCCAAGUUAACUCAGAAGUGAAUGGAUUUGAUCGUUUGACCUUUGGUCACCACAAGGUCCUACUGGUCAGUGAAGGAACUCACGUGAGAGCGGUGUGGCGUCUUAAGGAAAUGUUUCGCUGCUUAUCUCGUGUAAAUGCUUAUUGGACUUGGAGCUGUAAAGUUUUGAGGGAGUUCCUGAUGUUUAUUCAUUUAAAAUGCUCACACUGCUGCCGUUUUAUGUUUUCGCAAAAUGUUUACGUAUAUGUUCAUUGUAUGGUUUGCGUGAAAUAAAAUAUGCUUUGUUUGA